AUGGCCAUCAUCCUUGACACAAUAAGCGUGUCAUGUCAGGUGACUUCAAGAUUUAUUGAUACUAUCAACAGUCGUAGCCUGUGGACAGGAAAUGAACCUCUAUCUGAAAGUGAUCCUGAAUUAAAGUCAAUUAUAGAUAAAGAAAAAUACAGACAAACAUAUGGUUUAGAAUUAAUUGCUUCUGAGAAUUUUGCAAGUCGAGCUGUGUUAGAAGCAUUAGGAUCAUGUUUAAACAACAAAUAUUCUGAAGGUUAUCCAGGAGCUAGAUAUUAUGGAGGAAAUGAACAUAUUGAUGAAGUGGAAAGGCUAUGUCAGAAGAGAGCCCUGGAAACCUUUAGAUUAGAUCCUGAGAAAUGGGGUGUAAAUGUUCAGCCUUACUCUGGUAGUCCAGCUAAUUUUGCUGUAUUUACUGGUUUAUUACAACCUCAUGAUAGAAUUAUGGGUCUUGAUUUACCUGAUGGAGGACAUUUAACACAUGGGUUUAUGUCAGAUGCUAAAAGAGUCUCAGCAACAUCAAUAUUUUUUGAAUCAAUGCCAUACAAAAUCAAUCCUGUUACAGGAUACAUAGAUUAUGAUAAAUUAAGAGAAACAUCUAAAUUAUUCCGUCCUAAGUUAAUUAUAGCUGGUACCACAGCCUAUUCUAGAUUAUUAGAAUAUGAAAAAUUCAGACAGAUCUGUGAUGAAAGUAAAGCUAUAAUGUUAGCUGAUAUGUCACAUAUUUCUGGAUUAGUAGCAGCUGAUGUCAUACCUAGUCCAUUUGAUUAUGCUGAUGUAGUGUCUUCUACUACCCAUAAAACAUUGAGAGGACCAAGGUCUGGAUUUAUAUUUUACCGAAAAGGCGUUAAAAGUGUUCAUCCUAAAACAGGAGUUAAUAUAGACUAUGAUUUGGAGAAGAAAAUUAAUAACGCUAUUUUUCCUGCAUUACAAGGUGGUCCUCAUGAACAUCAAAUAGCUGGUGUAGCUACUGCUUUAUUAGAGGCACAGCUACCCGAGUAUCGUGAUUAUCAACUGUUGGUAUUAAGAAAUGCUAAAGCUAUGUCUGAAGCCUUAGUAAAACAUGAUUAUAAGGUUGUAUCAGGUGGAACUGAUAAUCAUUUAGUCCUAGUUGAUUUAAGACCAAAAGGAACAGAUGGUGCUAGAAUAGAGAGAAUAUUAGAACUGUGUAAUAUUACUGUGAAUAAAAACACCUGUGCUGGUGAUAAGAGUGCUAUGACCCCUGGUGGAUUAAGAUUAGGAGCACCUGCAUUGAGUUCUCGUGGAUUAAAUGAAUCUGACUUCAAUAAAGUUGUUGAAUUUUUAGAUAAAGGAGUACAAAUUGGUCUGUAUGCUCAACAGAAAACUAAAAAACUGAAGGACUUUAAAGAAUUUGUUGUGACUGAUCCCGAAGUAAAGAAGAGAGUUGAAGAUCUUAAAGCAGAAGUUAAGGUGUUUGCUGAGAAGUUUCCCAUGCCUGGAUUACCUGAUAGAUAAUUCCAAUAAAUGAUACUUUCAAUAAAUGUAAAAUAAAAGUUGGAUUUUCCUGACAUGUCAUCAUAAAUGAACAUCAUUGUCAUUUUUGUGACCACUUGACAUAUCUUCUCUUGAAAACAAUCUUGAAGCCAAACUUUCUUGGUUUUCAGUACAAAUUUGCAUAAUGUGAAAAUCAGAUAGUACUUAAAAAAUUUACUACUUCUACACUAAACACUUUAUUCAUAGAUUGUUCAGGAACGUAUUACAUGUACCAAAGAGUUCACUAUAGAAUGGAAUUUAAUAAUUUUAAACUUGGCCAAUAAGAGCAUAUAUUCAUCAGUAGAUAUACCUGGUAUCAUAAAUAACAUAACAGGAUCUUUAUAUAAUCUGAUAAAUCCACAAAACUUAGUAAGUAUCCAUAAAUAUGCAAUUAAGUAUUGAAAAACGCUUAAUAUUAUUAAGAAUAAGGUUUUUCAGUAAUUACUUAGAUUUAUGAAUUUUCCAGAUUUUACAGGGAAUUCUGUUGUAACUUUAUGAUACAAGGUAAGUUGACUGAUGAAUAUAUAAUCAUAUUGACCAUUCUUGAGAACUUUAAUUUUAUGUUCAUUCUAACACGUAGUAUCACUUUAAAACCCUUACAAAAUAAAAUGUUUUGUCGGAGUAUAAGUAAAUGUCAGAUAUUAAUGAAGCAAUGUAUAAGAGAUUUCUUUUGAUUUUAUUUGCCAAAAUUUAAGUCUUGUCUGGAUGAUUUUAGAAUCUGCUUUUAUGUUGUUUCUUUUUUUUAAUUUUAGUUUUUCAUGACCACUGUAGAACUUUAUUUUGAUUUAAGAUGAAAGCUUUGCUUGUAACAUGAAGGGGCAGGCUCACCAUCCGUUUGACCGAUGGUACUUUAGUCUCAGAAACGGGAAUUAUUUAGCUAGGCUAAUAGUGUUCACAUUUCACCUUGUGAACUUGCCAUAUAUACAAAAGAUGUAUGGAAAUAGAGAGCGAAAUUUUUAGUAUUCUGAAGACUAUUUACUUAGAUUCAAGAACCAAAUCAACUCCCUAAAUUGGCGAACCAGUCCUUUAAAUUUACAGAAAUUUGAGUUGAGAUUUUAUGCGAAAUAUAUUUGCCGAUUAAUGCUUUUGAGAUUAUUUAUUCAAUUAUUGCAUAAUCAUAAAGCAUAUCUGUUUUGCUUGUGUUAUAUU